AUGCAGUGCUUCAGCAUCAUCGCCCUGUUCGCCGCUGGCGCCAUGGCCGCUCCGGUAGCCGACCCACAAGGAAACUUUCUGAACUUCCUCAACGGCCUCGUAGGCAUUGCAACUCGCCUCAACCCAGGAGCUCUACCCACCAGUUUGCCAACAAAUCUGCCAACAAACCUGCCAACGAAUCUGCCAACCAACCUGCCAACAACUCUGCCAACAAACGUUUUGCCCACCAACGUUCUGCCAACAACCACUCUUCCAACGAACGUCCUCCCAACUGGCGCUACCACUGAUCUUCUCGGCAACACUCUCCAGCCUAUCAGUGUCACUACUGUCAUUGGCGGUGUCACUCAAACUAUCCCCGGCUUCUCUACUGUGCUGCCCACUGGAGUGCCCACUGGUCUUCCAACCGGUCUGCCAACCACUCUACCAAGCGUGACUGUGCCAUCAAUCACUCUUCCAACUGGUCUGCCGACCAAUGUUCCAAUCGUCAUUCCAGCCAUCACGAUCCCAGGCUUCAGCAUUCCACCAUUCGCGUCUGUGCCGGCUAUCACUAUCCCAGCUCGCACACUUACUCCACAAGUAUAG